ACGAGUUGAUGUUCAUAGUUACAAUACACAAAUAAUUUAUUCUCACAGUCAAUGAGUGUUAAUACUGCUGUAUUACUUUAAUCAGCUUUUAAGGUUACUGUUAUAUUUCGCAAUAGCCAAAUAGAAGCAGUGUUUUUUUUGGCAGCGAUGGGCUCACGGGCUAUGCAAAGUUUGCGAGUAGGCAGGGUACUUGGAAUUCUUAUCAAGGGAACAUCAUCUUGCAAUCUGUCUUUCGUUGCCCCUCGAUGUCCUCGUAACAGGUUGAUUACGACAGCAUUUAUCUGCAGUAAUCGAAGACAUUUAUGUAAUUCUCAAAGUGAGAAUGUUGGACAAAACAACUCAGGAAAUGAUGAGAAACUGGUAUCUUCCAGAACGUCAGUGGAGUCAACAGAAUUUAAAGAAAAUAUUUCCAACUUUGUCAAGUCAUUUGGAAUAUCACAGAAUAUAGAUACUGUCAUCCCGGCAUUUAUUCAUAAGUCAUAUUUGAUAACACAUGCUUCUGGGUUGAAAAAACAGCACCACGACAAUGAAUGGCUUGCUCUAUUAGGAGUCCAAACGUCAAAAAGAUUUCUAACUGAGCUGUUAACUCUCAACUUUCCACAUUUUUCUGCUCAUCAGCUUUGGGAUAUACAAAAUGGUCUGUUAGAAAGACAAUUCCAGCUGAUAGCAAAAGACUUUGAGAUGGAAAGUUUGAUUGCUUCUGAGAUAAGCAUCAACAAAAAUGUUUUAGCUCAAACUGUUAUGGCGCUUGUUGGAGUGGUCUAUAUGCAUGAGGGUCCAGCAAAAGCAAGACAACUAGUUCAAGAAAAAAUUAUUUCAAAUUUAAAUGAAGAACAAAUCAAGGAAAUAAUCAAACUUCAACACCCAAAGUACAUAUUAAGAAGUUUGAUGAAAGAAUCUAAGGAUGAACCUCUGAGAACAAGGUUUCUUAAGAGGAACACACCAAAAUCAGGUGCAAGCCAGAGUAAAGCCAAGUUAUACAAGGUUGGAGUAUUCAGGGGUGAUAAAUGUCUGGCUAUAGGAAUAAGUGACUCUGCAGAGCAUGCUGAGAAAAAGGCUUGUCAGACUACACUUCUUAAUCAUUUCCCUGAAGAACUAAGGGGUUUUGAGUUACUUUAUGAGGCAGAAGACAUUGACACAGAGGAGAAAAUUGACUUUGGUUUGAUGACAUCACGCCAGCGUAUUGUAACAAUAGAAAAGGAAAUUGAAGAUUUUGGUUUCAGUAUCAAAGGUGGCGAAAAAAAGAAACUAAAGAACGAACAGUGGUUGGUGUUCAAUUAUUAUUCACCAAUCUUCAUCUCCAGUAUAGUUCCUGGAGGUCUGGCAGACAGGCUGGGAGGACUGCGUAUUGGUGAUGUCAUUCUUGCAGUUAAUGACCGGAGUCUUGUUGGGAUUGAUCAUGCCGGAGCAGUCAAAAUACUAAAAUUAGUGUCUGGGACUGUGGACCUAACUGUUAAGUAUUCAAAACAAGUGCUCGUAACAGACGGAGUAGAAACUGAGUUCAGGAAAAUGAAAAGGCAAAAACGUAUGGCUGAGUUGACAUCUGAGGUCUGGGCUGAGUGGCAUCAAGCACAGGCAAACCAACACCCAGAAAAGUAUGCAGAUGUCUUGCGACUUGAAAAAGAUAUUGCUGCUGAUCAGUCAUCAUAGAACUAAAAUGUUAGUCACAGUGCUCAUUGGAUUUCGUUCUUGUGUAGCUGAUAGUUUUGAAAUCAAACUAGUAUUGAUGUCGUGUUUUUCUGUUCUUUUUUUUCCUCAAAAAAUGGUUUAAACUAUUAUAUGAUCACCUUAGCAUGACCUGGGCUCCUUGAAGGGACUGCUGCAGCAAAUGUCAGGGCUGCAGCAAAUUUUAGGCCCUAAUUAAUACUCGGGUGCAGAAAGCUUCUUCAUUAACCCUUCAGGUUGUAUUCCUGCACUCUAUCACCAUAAUAAUUUACCCUUACGUCUUUUCAUGUAUUAUUUUAUAUUGUUGUAAGUGGAAAUAAAAAACCUUGAAUCUGUG